UUUUAAAUUGACUGUCAUGGAAUCAUUUACAUUGGAAUUAUUUCCCAAUGCUGGACAAGUUCAUAUUGCCUUAUUUAAAAACGUGUCUAACGCUUCAGAAUUAAAGCAGAGACUUGCCAAUCAGGAUGCAACACUGAUGUGUGCUCUGGUUGAUGCCUCAUAUGUCUUGAACCUAUUUCACGCUUUAUUAGCUAUCAAUCGCGCUGUUCAUGAACAAGAGCAACAAAAACUGAAAACAUCUAGUGUUUAUUCGCAGAUCAUCUUUGAUUUUGCUCCAAAUACCAAUAUUGCCAAAGCAUUUCAUCAGUUUGGUUUACAAGAUCAUACAACAAAUGUCAUUGCUAUCAAAAUAGGUGACUCACCUGAAGAGGCAGAGAAUUUUAUGAAACAGUGCAUCAAAGGUGACAUGGUUCCUCUGGAAAAUUUGUCUUCUGUCAGAGACUUGAAGGCAAUCAAAAAGGCCUAUCAAAUUUCUGACAAAGAACAAGACCUGCAACAGAUCACGUCAUUGGUAGCAGGUGCAAUCGCCUUAAAGGGCCACUCAUAGACCUCCAAUGUACAUGCUUAAUAAAAAGUGCUUCUGAAGCGGAAUCUAAAUCCGCAGCCAUGUAAACCCU